CUUGACACUAGUUUUCGAUGAUGAUCGAGUUUUCCUUCUAAGCGAGUCAACCUCAUGGCAAAUCUCUCUAAAUCUGAACGAAUCUGUACAGACCAUAGCAUCUAAAAAGACAUUUACAACUAAAGAUAUGUGCAGUAAACAACAGUGCAGUGAAAUGUGCUCAUUAAGCCUUGGUCAGAUAAAAUGUAUCUGUUACGACUGGCAUACAUUACAACUCAAUAACAGAGACUGUGUUCCACCACAGAAAUACACAUACAGUGGUUUGUUUGCUGUAGUUGAACAGCAGAUAUGUGUGACAGAUAUAGCAGAAUUGGUAAAGCGUGAAGAAAACGACUUAACUUUUUACUGCCUAAAUAUUGCCAGAAACGUGACAGAGCUUGAGAUCGAUGUUCGCACAAAGACUAUGUACUACAUAUCAACUAAAGAAAAUGAUUGGAUUCUCAGUCGGCAUAAUCUAGGAUAUGAUGGAAGUUUUGCAUUAACAAGAAGUAACUAUACAAUAAAAGGUCUAAGCGUAAAUAAGAACGACUCGUCGUUAUUUUAUGGUGAUGGAUACACAAUUAAAAGGAUAAAAGAAACAGAAAUAAGUACAGUGGUUGGUAUCGAUGAUGAUGUACAGGAUCUUACAGUAGACUCUGAGAAGAGCUUUCUGUUUUGGGUAACUUUGAAAAACUACUAUAUAUGGAGAUGUAAUACCGAUGGUUCUGACAUACGAAGAUUGAUAGCAGCCCUCAACAUAAAUAGAUUAUCUGUAUUCCCAAAGCAGAAAAGGUUGUUUUGGACAGCGUAUGGUGGCAUUAUGAGUUCUGAAUUAGAUGGUGCAAUCGUCAAUGUAAAUAUUGUGAAAUAUGGUAACAUUAGAGAAAUAUCUUUUUAUGAGAUUUCUGUGGUACAAAUAAUGGGAGAUGUGGGCAGUUCUGCCUUCGUUACAAUAAAACUUGCAGCUGUGACCCUGGAUUUACACUUACCGAAGAUCGUGUUUCUUGUGAAGAAAGAUUCAGACUCGUAA